CGGUCGAUUCGACGCGUUCUCGGCCAGUUCCACCAAAUAUUUUCGUGCGAACCAGAACCGUUUUGGGAAGAACUCGAAAAUGAGCAUUAUAACAUUUUCCGAAGAAUUUACGAAGAUGGUUGGACGCUGGAAGGAGUUCGUUCCAACUGGAAACGGCGGUUUAGCUCCGCGUCUAACGAACCAAGAAAUAAUAGAUGCUGUGCGGAACGUGCUGCGACUAACGUUGAACACGAACCCAGAUAUUCCAGAUUACUCUCCGGUGAGAACACCUGUGACGGGUAUCGAAAUUCGCACUCCCGAUACACCUGUGGCACCGAAAUUCAACCGCAGUCAAUUGAGCACGUCUUUGGGAAGGUAUGGAUCAUUGGACACGCUGGUGACCGAAGAUCAAGAGCACGUGAUAACAGUCCACGAUCAAGGCGAAGAAUUCGAUGCGAACGAAACGGUAGUCCACGUAGACAAGGACGAAGAAUCAACGAAGCCUAUGCGACGACUAUCCAACGUCGCGUCCGCCGCGGUAACGAUCGAGCAGCCCUCGACAUCGACGUCGAGAUCGGGUCUGCCUUCCAAGCAGAGAAGAUCCGUCGCGGUCCCGGGGACACCCACGUCCUCGAAAAUAACCUCGACGCUCAAGGCUGAGAAGAUGACGAGCUCUACGAGACGCAGGAGCAUCGCUGCGGUGAAACCGUCCUCGGCCGUCUCGUCCACUAGCAACACGCCGUCGGCGGUAGUCGCACCCAUGGUAAGAUCACCGAUCUCCACGAGAAAGUCUAAAUACGCCUAUGUGCAGAGUACUAUACCAAAAACUGCGCGAGCUGUAAGGAAAUCGACGAAAUAAGCGCAACUUGUAAAUGGGGGGUAAAACGUUGGUAGGUAAAGCGGUCGUAUCGUUUCCAAUGAAAUUUCUUUGAAAUUGCUUUCUUCAUUUUCAUCUUGCACGUAUUGCGCGUCUUCCUUGCAUUCGUUGUCGUCGACGGCAAAAAAAUAGGCUGCAUUCGUUGCUGGAAGGGUAGGUGGCGGCCCCUGUUCGAUUUUAUCAGAGCUUUCGAGGAAUUGUUUGGAAAAAUUCAGGUUCUUUUGACACGGUUUUGUAUUUCGCAUACGGUUUAAUCGAUUUUGUGCGUCUCGUGAAAUAUUUUUAUGACAAAUAUGACUAGACAAUAUAUCAAAGUGUGAACAUUCGAAACAUUUCGGAACGUUGCUGCUACCGUCUCUUCGAUCUACCAAAAAUUAUUCGAGGAAAAGAUACGUUCUCGCGCGAUGUCUGUUUCUUGCAAUUUCGAUAUCUCAUAAAAAGAUCCUGCACCUUACAAAAUGACUUAAACUGUCGCAACAAACGCUAAUAUCAUCCACGCUGUAGUCACUGCUCGACACGUAUCUGUCGCUCGGCGCGUAAAAAUCUGACGAAUCGACGCCCGCUUGCUACCAAUGACGGAUUCGUAUUCCACAGCGGCGUUAUCAAUUUCGCAAAAAUGUCUGCCGCUACCAGGGACCAUCGGCUCGUUACUAAUGGCGUAAAUUUGUCUCGGGAUCUCGAAAAAUCCCGGCUAAAUCCACGGAGAUCCUCGCGGCGAGGCGCGGCGGUCGUGAUGAAUCGCUUAGAAUCGGUGCCGGUGUCCAGUCGAUUAAAAUCUUAGGACGCAGCGGCGCGCGAAAUCGCCGCGAUAAAUCACGGAAAAGAGAAAAUCGAUCUUCGCGCCAAUUUCUGUGGGGAAUCGGCUGGCCCUCGGCCACGAGCGCGAGCACGAGCGCGAUCAAACAACGGGGCCCGGGCAUAACAAUUUUCGGCUGCCGACGCGACGAGAAGCGACGCGACGCUCCCAUUCUUGGCAGCGACCCGAGGCUGCUGGUACGCAAGGUGUUCGCCGUGGCGAGUGGCGAGUGGCGAGCGUACGAGGGAGAAAACGACGAAAAUGCAUGAACCGGAGCACGGCCUGCGGCCGAUUCACCCACGUCCAGAGAGCCGGCCGAUCGAGUUUCGAAAGUCCGUGUACGCACGAUCCCCGGCACAUCGGUGAUGCAACUUCAUCGGUCGCCGCCAAUGAUCUGCAUUUUAAAUUGCGCCAAGGGGACAUUAAAUUAUUCGGGCGACGCGUAUGUAAAGUGUCUCAUUUAGCUUAUUAACCGGACGCCCGAUCGUGACGAGCCCGCGCCAGAAAUUUGUACACCGUGUCCCUUGGUUUCGCGUUUCAGAUCGGAGUUUCAGAGAUUGUCUUAGCAGCAGAUUCGAUAUUGCCCCGAUCAUUUCGUUAGAGCACGGAUGAUCGAAGGUUUCAUUGUUUCAACGGCAGGAAAUGAUCGAUGGAAUGCGAUUGCUGCGAGAAUUAUUUAAUCGAUAUUUAUUUAGCGUACGUUGAGAAUAAGCACAGGUUAGGCCUGGAAAUUGUUCUUGAUAAUUUAAAUAUAUUUUAAACGAUAGGAACAAUAAAUACGAAAGAUAUUAUUGGUGUAAUGUAGAAAUUACGUGUGCUAGGUAAAGUUAUUGAAAAAGUAUCGUCGAUUAAAUUAUAGCGUGUAUCGUAAUUUGUAAAUUAAUUCUGAUUUUAGUUGUGUGAAUUUUUUCUAUGCUUUGUAAACUCCAAGGAAAUAAUAUUGGUAAUAUGUGUACCUCCUA